AUGGACCAAGAAACAACCACACCCCCAUCACAACCCCCCACCAUCCAGAAGCCCAGUCGCCAUGGAAAAGGCAGCAAAAAGCCAUCCCCCAAAACCCUCAACCCGCUCCAAAUCGGCAUCCAAGACUUUGUGACCAACAACAUCGCCCCAGAAACACUGUCCCAAUAUGGCCUCUCACCAGAGACGCUACAAUCCAAUCUCCCAAAACGCUUCACAGUCUACGAGCCCAUGCUCCUCCUCCCCGUGAACGCCUUCAGCAGCCCCCCGGCCUGGAGCGCCCUGUACCAAUCCCUAACAGCCCUCCAGCAACAGGGGCUCUACGCUUCACUCGUAAAGGCCUUCAGCCGCAUGGGCGUAACGCAUAUCGCCAUCAACGCGCCCAUCGCGCUCACAGACACGCAAGGCCAUGAGAACCGCAUGCGCAGUCCCGCUGGCCUCGUCCCGCUGUACGGCGACUUUGGGCCUCCUGCUGCUACUACUACCAGUGCUACGAGUGCUGCUUCUCCUGCUGGCGAAGAGGGCCAGCCGAGCGACGAGGACCUGGAACGGGCGUUCUGGGUGCGCACGAUGCAGAACCACGGGAUUGUGCAGACCUGGGCGCCGCUCUAUACGAUGUUCUCCCGCGGGAACGUCACGGAGAAAGCGCGGGUUUUGGGCCAGGGGGCGGCCCCGUUUGAGGGGCUGGAAGUGGCCCAGUUGGGUGGGCAGGCUGUUUCGGAUGUGGGCGUUGUGGAUAUGUAUGCUGGCAUCGGGUAUUUUGUGUUUUCGUAUUUGAAACGGGGGGGUUGUUAG